AUGUCCCGGGUGUCACCCAUAGCAAAAUUAGGACUGAUUCUACUGCUGGUGGAGCCCAGGAAGCUUCUGGCAAAUCCUAACUCACUUGACUUCAGCCUCAUUGUCAAGUCCCAGUCAACAUCUCAUCAUCCCUGGUGUGCAGUCACCGGCUCAGUGAACACAGAGCCUUUCCUUUUGUAUGACAGUCGCAACAAGACGGCCACACCUGUGGGACUGGGAAAGAAGGUUCACAAUACUAAAGAGUGGAAAGAUGUACCCCAAACUCUAAUAGAUGUGUGUCAAAAGCUCAGGGAGUUUCUGCUUGGACACCUACCCAGGGGUCACUGCACCCUGCAGGCCAACAUGUCCUGCCAUCUUGACGCAGGUGUACGCACUGGUGCAUCCUGGGUGUUCAGUAUCAAUGGGCAGACAGCCUCCAUUGACACCCUGCACAUGAACUGGACAGACACUGGUCUUGCAGACAUGAAGAUCAAGGAGGAAUGGGAGAACAAUCAUGAACUGAGAAAGAGCUUACAAAGUAUCUCCACGGGAGAUUGCUUUGACUGGCUGAAGACAUUCUUAAUAUCCUGGGAGAAACUGAUGGAGCGUGCAGGUCCCGCCGCCGACCCUGAUGGCAGGGCCGGGGGCUGCACUCAGGCUCCUCCUGGUCCUUUUGCUCCUGCCGGGGAACGCGCCGCGGACAGCGCCGGCCGGUGCCGGACCCUGUUCCCAGGCUCGGAGUCGGGCUCCUCGGCGACGGGCGCGCGGGGCGGACAGGUGCCCGGGCUCCCGGGGUUCCCCAGGGUCGGGAAUUCGCGGGAUUGA